AUGACCUGCGUUUUCUCUUCCUGUGCCAUCUCCCUCUCCUUUUUUGUGGGAUGGUGUAUGUGUGGAGUUGUGGAGAGAGUAUCUGGAGAGGGCAAGCAGCAGUGGCUACAACAACAGAACCAUAGCCAGUUUUUUCAAGUGGAAUUCCCUGCUGGGUUCCUCUGGGGUGUUGGAUCCUCUGCGUUCCAAACUGAGGGCUCUUGGAACAUUGACGGCAAGGGACCGUCCAUUUGGGACCACUUUACCCACAGCUCUGUUGCUGGAGGCAUCAUCUCAGAAACGGCUGACAUAUCCAGUAACAGUUACGCGUUAUGGGAGACAGACAUUAAACUUGUCAGUUACCUCGGCGUCCAGUUCCAUGCUUUCUCCCUUUCCUGGCCACGUCUCUUCCCCGAUGGGUUUCCCACGGGCCAUCCCAACCGUGCCGCAGUGGAGCACUACCAACGUUUGAUUCGUGGACUGCGUUUGCGGGGUGUGGAACCCGUUGUGACUCUGUUUCACUGGGAUUUUCCGCAGGCUCUGCAAGACCAGUAUGGAGGCUGGAGGAACAGUAGCAUAGUGGAGGUGUUUGCAGAUUAUGCAGCAUUUUGUUUUGCUACUUUUGGUACAGAGGUGAAGAUCUGGCUGACCAUGCAUAACCCGUUCCUGCUGGCUCUGCAGGGAUAUGGAACAGGAGUGCAUGCACCAGGGGAGACUGGUGACCCCAAAACUCCUUUCACGGUUGCUCACAACCUGAUCAAGGCACAUGCUAAAGCAUGGCACGUGUACAACUCUCGUUUCCGUCCCCAACAAAAGGGCAGAGUGUCCAUCACUUUGGGCUCCCAUUGGGUGGAGCCAUUCAAAGGAAAGGCUACCCCAGCCAAUGUAGAUCUGUGUCAGCGGUCCAUGGAAGCUGUGAUUGGUUGGUUUGCAGAGCCAAUCUAUGGAAGUGGGGAUUACCCAGCCUCACUAAAGGCCUCAAACCAGGGACUUGUCCCAGAGUUCACAGCAGAAGAAAGGCUUUGGGUUCGGGGCACGGCUGACUUCUUCUCCCUUGCCUUUGGACCAGACACUCUGCGUGUGGGUCAGGGUUUGCCCCGGUUUGGUCAGACUGUGUCUCUGGAUCUAAGAAGGGUUCUGGGCUGGAUCCGGUUGGAGUAUAAGGAUCCAGAGGUUCUGGUGGCAGAAAGCGGCUGGUUUUCUGAUGCAUCAGUAAAGCUUGAAGACACUGUGGCCAUUUAUUUAAUGAAGAGGUUUAUCAGUCAGGUGCUACAAGCUAUAACUCUGGACAGCGUCAAAGUGUUUGGCUACACUGCCUGGUCUUUGGUAGAUGGUUUUGAGUGGAAUUAUGGUUACAGUGUGAGAAGAGGUCUGUUCCAUGUGGACUUCAGCAAACCUGAUCGGCCGAGGGUUCCCAAGACCACUGCAAAAUUUUACAGGCAGAUCAUCAGUAAUAAUGGUUUCCCCAUUGAUGAGACAGUAGAAAAUAUCAAAGGGCAUUUCCCCUGUGACUUCCAAUUUGGAGUAGCAGACUCAGUCCUACAGGUGCACUUCCGCCCAUUCUCUCCACAAUUCAGUGACCCUCAUGUGUAUCGCUGGAACUUCUCUGGUGAUGGUGCUCUGCGUCGAGUUGCUGGGGUCUCCCUUCAUACCCGUGGGCCACAGUGCAGUGACUUCCUGGCUAUUCGUCGCCAUAUCCAUAUCCUUGAGAUCACUGGGUCAUCUCACUAUCGCUUUGCCUUGGACUGGGCCCUACUCCUGCCACACGGUGACCUUCCGUCAGUCAACUCUGAAGCCUUGCGAUACUACCGUUGCAUUCUGAAGGAGCUCCAGAGGAAAGGUGUUCAUGUCGCCAUCACACUUUAUCACCCCAGUCGCAAGUCUCCGACACUAGGCUUGCCAAAACUACUGCAUGCCCAGGGUGGCUGGAUGAACCGCAGCACAGUGAAAGCAUUUCAGAGCUAUGCCAAUCUCUGUUACCAGGAACUGGGCAAGUGGGUUUCUCUUUGGAUCACCAUAAAUGAGCCAAACCGGUUGGCAGAAUCAUACAAUGGGAGUGUGGAAGACCGGCAGAGAGUCACCGAAAACCUUCUCCAGGCACAUGCCCGGGCUUGGCAUAUCUAUGAUACUGAUUCUCGCCACCAAACAGGGGGAAUGGUAAGCUUUGCACUGCAUGCUGAUUGGGUGGAACCAGCAAAUCCGUUUGCUGAGUCUCAUGCAGAGGCUGCCCACCGAUUCCUGUCAUUUGAACUUGGGCGUUUCCUGGACCCUCUCAUCGGAAAGGCUGGAGAGCAUCCGGCGGAUGGAGUUGGAGACGGACAGGGCUCUGGAGAGACCCAAAUCUUUGCUCUGCCACAUCCCAGUGAGAAAGGGACGGUUGAGCUAAAAGGAGCUCUGGACUUUAUUGCUCUGAAUCAUUUCACCACUCGUCUAGUUUCACCCUUGCGAGACUCCCCCUCAAAUUCUGCCCAUGGCUGUUCCUUUCUGUCUGACCCCACCUGGCCCUCCUCCAGCAUGGGACAGUCGCUGGUACCCUGGGGACUCCGCAGGGUUCUGCGCUGGGUGAGGGAUCGCUAUGGUGAUGCUCAUCACAUCAUUGUCACAGCAACUGGGGUGGAUGACCAGGCGUCCUAUGAUGACCAGUUGAGACAGAGCUAUAUAAGGAGCUACCUACAGGAGGCACUGAAAGCUCAAAUGUUGGAUGGUAUUGAUCUGAGAGGGCUCUAUGUGUGGAGACUGCAGGAUCGGCAUGCUCCACAGUUUGGGCUCUUCAGUUCUUCACAUUUCCAGUCCCAACCCAAAAGAUCUGUCAACGUUUACCGAGAGAUCAUCACCCGCCGUGGCUUCCCUGCAGCUGAUGCCACGGUUACACCCUGCCAGCUGGUUGUUAACCACACCAGCUGCCCGCUUUGUGCAAAACUGGCAGAAAAUAAACCUCUUCUGUUUUUUGGAGUGUGUGUGUUCAUAAGCGUUUCCAUGCUCACAGUGGUGAUCCCCUUGACAGUAAUGAGGAAAAGGAGAAGAAGGAGGAGGAGAAAAGUACCGGUUCAUAAUGUCCAGCCCAGGCUGAGACGGCAACAGAAAUUUGCAAUGCAGCAGGUGCCGGAGAGGAUUUGUGGACCAAGGCUGUAG